AUGAAAGUUGUUGAGGGCACAUCAAAAGAAGCAGGUAAGAUGAUAGAUGUUGAUCAGUCAAUUGCCCAUUUGAAGAGAAUGAAGAUGAUGGCAAGGAGGGGAGAUAAGAUCAAAUAUGUAGGGAGAAUAGGGGAUGUGGAUGGUAGUUUAAGUCAAACUGUAGCAGUUGUUGAUGAAGUUGUACUUACCUACGAUGAAACGCUUGACCAGGAAGAUUUUGAAACUAUUAAAGAUCUGCAGGCAUCUGGACAUGAUCAAGGGGAAAUUGUUGAAGCUUUUAAUAAGAGUUGA